AUGACUGGACACACAGUGGUGUGUUAUGCCUUCAACACAGACGAACAGACACAGGCAACACGACGUCCGGCACUCAACAUACAACAUAUCCCUGCCAUUUUGGUAUCACCGAUCGAUGACCCAUACGUCAUCACUGAAGGUCAAAAGAAUGUGACCUUGACAUGCGUGACUACCUCCGCUAACCCCCGUGUCACGUCCCUGGUUUGGACAAGAGAAGCUUCAAUGGUAUCCGACAGCGGUGUUUACAGACUCCCCGUCAUCACACAGGACCAUGCUGGGGUAUACACGUGCUCUGCAAUGAAUGCCAUCGGUACCACGACGUCAAAUAUCACCCUGAAAGUUUUAACGUCACCACCCUCACCAAACAUCGUUGGAUUUACGGAUGUGACGUCAUCAACACUCACUGUGAAAUGGACACCUAGCGACAAGGGAGCUAUGACCAACAUAUUUAAUAUCACCCACGGAUGUAAAGGCUGUUCUGUAUUAGGAUCAGCUGCUGUUGACCUGACGGAUGAAGACAUCUAUUCAUAUACCUUAACCAACUUAGUCCCUAAAUCCCAGUACUAUGUAAAUAUUAAAGCGAUCAACAUGGCCGGGACAAGCAGUCCUUUGGAACUCAUAGUAUCAACAUCCCCAGCUGACACGUGCCGUUCUCCGUUGGAAUACGCCAGUUCUGGAUCUACAGCUUUAUUAGUAGUUGGUGUGAUCCUUCUCCUGAUUGCAGCAGCAGUUUUUGGAAUUUCUGGUUUUCUGUACAAAAAGUCACGAUCAUUUUCACGAUCGAAAAACCAAAAUGAGAAGUCAGUUGUUUUCAGCAGUGUGCGAGAAUCAAUAGAAGAUAAACCUGAAGCAAGUAUGAAUUGCAGAUCACAUUACCAGGAGUUAGAUCCGAGUGACAUGAACCGUCCAUCUCCAUAUGAAAGCCUUCCGAAGGGAAAUAAAGAAGCGGUUAUUGAAGGUGCGAGAAAAAACUCCCUGAGGAUAGCCGGACUUGAAGACAUUUCCCCGAAAGUGACAGCAGAAGAAUGUGUUGAAAAGAUCGUGACUUUCGUUAACGACAAACUGAAUGUAUCGUUGUGUAGUGAGGAUAUUGACGUUGCGCACAGACUGGGAAAAUUUUCCAAAACAAAACCACGAAACGUCAUUGUUAAAUUUGUCAGAAGACGUAAGAGACAUCAAAUUAUCAAAUCCAGAAGGAAGCUGAAGGGAACCGGAUAUACUGUGUCUGAGGACUUGACAAGACUAAACCAGCAAAAGGUACGAGAUGCCUACUCCUUGGACUAUGUUAAAAACUCUUAUAGUCUGGACGGAAAACUUUUCGUUGUGUUAGAUAACGGUGUGAAACGUUGUAUUUCCAUAGACACCCCGCUCUAUGAGGAUUUCCUCAAGUGUGAUGAGAAUUUUGGCCGUACAAGAGACUAG